CUGAAUGAGUAGUUACUUAUUUGAGUUUGAACAAGUCAAGUCAAGUCACUGGCCUCUUUUUUUAUGUGACGAAAACAACAUAUCUUAUUUCUCUUACUUAAAUGAUUCAUCUUUAUCUGUCUUUUGUCUGUUCUACAAGAGGAAAGUCCACAUUUGGACUUAAUAGGUUCGUGAGCCAAAUGUCAACUGUUAAUAAGUUUACUUCGAAUAUGUAAAUACAGCUCAUCGAGCUAUAAAAUUUUAUACUGGCAACAUCCUUUAUAUAAUACACACACACACAUGCACUUCUUCAACAAUUGUGCAGGUUUUGUGUGCUUAACUGGUUUUGUUUGAGGCGGUGAUACAAGUUCUGAAACAGUGAUGGUCUACACCAUCUUACCCAUUAGUUGGGUUACAGUACCCGUGCACUAUGCUCUGUGGAUGUUGAUGGUGUACUUGACAGAUGUAUGGAAACUCAAACUCACAGAUGCGGCUGCAAUUGUCAAUGUCUUCCUUGGUUUGUAAAGUAUCCCACAGUCAGUCAUGAUGUUUUCCGAUCCGCUCAUGGUCUACUUCGCAACUAUCCAGUGCUAUUGGGUUCUAUUUUCGCCUGUUGUGUGGGUAUGGGUUUUUUUAACAAUGUCAACACCACCAGUCCUUGCUAAGGCUACUGGAACAUGCAGUGCUUAUCAGCCUGAAUGCAUUGGCGAAGGCCAGCACAUACUCUUCUACAUAGCAUUGGCUCUGUCUGCCCUCGGGGAAGCUGGUCAAGCAGUAAGCUUCGGGUCUUUCCUAGUUGAGCAACUUGGAGAAAAUGCUAGCAGGCCUUCCAUCUAUUAUCUGCAUUCCUUUGCAGUGAAACUGUUCAAUGUUGCUGCUGUUUUGGGAUUUUCAUACAUAUCACCGUGGUCACUUUGGUUUGGCAUCCCAGCAAUAUUUUACACAGUGGCAGCAUUUAUUUUCUUGAGCAGAUGUUGUACCUAUAAAUAUGUUAAACCAGCAGAUGGCUCGCAGCUAUAUAACUUAUCUAAUCCUGGUACUCAAUGCCUGCCUCACACCAAUGGCCUGAGCCAUUGGUUGGGCUUCAAUACCCCUGCUAUAUACUCUGUGGAUGUUGAUGGUGUACUUGACAGAUGUAUGGAAGAUCAAUCUCACAGAUGCAGCUGCAAUUGUCAAUGUCUUCCUUGCGUUGCUGAGAUUGAAGUUACUAAAUUUGCAAUUCGGACAUUCCCAAUGUCCAUGACCUACAUUCGUGGUGGUUUCAUGGCUUCCUUGUCAUAUACCUACUUUCUAGAGCAAGCAAAUACUAUGAACAAUAAGGUUGGACACCUAAGAGUUCCUCUAGUUGUCUUCCUAUGGUUCCAACUAGAAACAAUAGAACAAUUUCCAAAACUAUAUCACAAGUUUGUGAGUUUGCUAUGGGGUUCAGAAGCAAAACCAUCAUCUCCUAGAGUUGGGGUUGCAGUAUCCAUCCUUUUGGGGAUAUUAUGCACUAUUACAGCUGCAAAAGUGGAGUCAAGAAGACUCGCUGUGGUAAAGAGCUAUGGUUUAGCAGGCGAGACCGAUGAAAAAAUUCCAAUGACUGUGUUCUGGUUGCUUCCACAGUAUCUCCUUCUUGGGGCAGUAGACGGGAUGUUUAAUAAGAGCUUUGGGAAAUUACUACAGUAGCUACUUUGAGCCAACAUCUGGCUCAUACAUGCUCACUACGUGCAAUGUGAUGCACGGGUUAGGAUGUAUAAGCAACAUUGUUUAGUGUACAUAGUGAGUAGGGUUAGUCAGAGUGGAAAUAGACUAAGUUGGUUUCAGGAUACCCUGAAUAAGAGUCGAGUUGAUAAGUAUUACUCGACUCUGUCCUGGCUAUUAGCUAUUGCAUUUGUUUUGUUUGUUGUCAUCAGUCUGUGGCAUGCUUACAGGCGAUCAAAAGAAGAAGGACAAGCAGUUUACGUGGAACGAAGUGUUGUCAUCAUUGGGGGUGAACUAAUUUAUCAGAUGACAUAUACUGUGGGAAACAGGCGCAGUAACACCAUCAUUGACAUGCUUCCUCCUUUUGGGCUCUGAUGAUAUGGCAGUGGUAACACAAUACUAGCUGUUGUUUCUCUUGUGCUGCGAGGAUGAAUGUGAUUACAGGACCUGCUGAUAUAUCUUGUGUAGUAAAGAACUACCUUUUGUUAUCUUCUUCAUCCUUCGUAAGCUUUAACAAAGAGUUGAUUGCACUUUCCUGUAUUUCGUAACUUUUUUUGUGAGCAUGUUCCUCUCUGUAUAUUUACACUUCUAGCAAUGUAAUUUUGAAUUUUGAAAUGAUCCAGUAUUUGAAUGCCAUGGAAAUGAGUACUGUAAGGAUUUGUGUCAACCCAUCAAUCAUGAUAUUCCCUUUUACGCAAACUAACUAACGAUGCGAGGAACACUUGAUAGUCAUUAAGGAACUCUGCUCAUUGGUUUGAAUUUGUUGUCCAAGUAUAUGUAUAAUUGGGGCCUGAACUUCAGAUUAAUA